AUGAGUACUUCACCAAGAGUUUACCUCGCUGGUCCGGAUGUCUUCGAGCCCAAACCCAUCGAGCGAGGCGAGCGACUCAAAGUUAAGUGCACGAAGUAUGGGCUCACUGGCCUCUUCCCUCUCGAUAACACGAUCUCUACAAGCGAACCUGGAAGCAUCGCUCACGCAGCAGCCAUCCGAACGGCCAACAUGGAACUCAUUUCUUCAUGUGACGCUAUCUUGGCCAAUAUGACCCCAUUUAGAGGACCAUCCAUGGACGUGGGGACGGCCUAUGAGAUGGGAGUCGGAGCAGCUCUAGGGAAAGUGAUUGUGGGCUACACCACAGAUGGAGGGAAAAGCUACCCCGAGAAGGUUGGCAAGGCUCAAACUGUAAAGAGGGCCGACGAUGGGCAUCUGAGAGAUAGAGCAGGCAUGUCGGUAGAAGAGUUUGGCGCGAAAGAAGGAGGGUUGGUCGACAACUUGAUGAUGAGUUGUGGUAUCGAGAAGUUGUGUAUGUCGGAUGAGGAAGGUCUGCUGGCUAUUGCAGAAAUCUUGAAGGCGAGGAAAUAG